AUAACCUUGACACGAAAAUUGACACGCAGAAAACAAAGACUACUUUUUGCUUUUUUCUCUUUUCUUGUAACUUUAAAAUUUCACAAUGAGCGGUGGUGCAAAGAAACUUUGGGGAGGACGAUUCACUGGUGCAGUUGACCCUCUUAUGGAUGCCUUCAACGCUUCCAUUCAUUUCGACAAGCGCAUGUACGCUGCUGAUUUGACUGGCUCUAUGGCAUACAGCAAGGCAUUGGCCAAGAACAACAUUAUCACCCAAGAGGAAUGCGAACAGCUCGUCUCGGGUCUCACCAAGGUCAUGGAAGAAUGGGAGGCUGGCAAGUUUGAAAUCAAGGAAGGUGACGAGGAUAUUCACACUGCCAACGAACGUCGUCUUGGUGAGAUUGUUGGCUCGGUUGCUGGCAAGCUUCACACCGGCCGUAGCCGUAACGACCAGGUUGCUACGGAUAUGCGUCUCUGGCUUCGUGACGAAGCUAGCAAAAUCUUGGCUCACUUGAAGGAACUUAUCUCCAUCACUGUGGCUCGCGCUGAGAAGGAGGUUGAUGUUUUGAUCCCCGGUUAUACUCAUUUGCAGCGCGCUCAACCUAUUCGCUGGUCGCACUUUUUGUUGUCGUAUGCUUGGUUGUGGCAAGCUGAUGCCGAACGUUUGGCCCAACUUAUCGAUCGUUUGAACGUACUUCCUCUUGGAUCCGGUGCUUUGGCCGGCCACGCUUUCAACAUUGACCGUGAGUUCCUUGCCAAGGAGCUCGGUUUCCGUGGAUUGAUCAACAACUCGCUCUAUGCCGUCAGCGACCGUGAUUUCGUUGCCGAAUUCUUGUUCUGGGCCAGCUUGACCAUGGUCCAUAUCUCCCGCAUAGCUGAAGAUCUCAUUAUUUAUUCCAGCAGUGAAUUCGGCUUUGUCAAGUUGGCUGAUGCUUAUAGCACUGGUUCCAGCUUGAUGCCCCAAAAGAAGAACCCCGACAGUUUGGAAUUGUUGCGUGGCAAGAGCGGUCGUGUCUUUGGUGGUAUGUCUGGCUUCAUGAUGUCGUACAAGGGUAUUCCAAGCACAUACAACAAGGAUCUUCAAGAAGACAAGGAGCCCAUGUUCGAUGCUGCUGAUACUUUGUCAGGCUCGCUCCAAAUCACUGCUGGUGUUUUGAGCACCAUGAACAUCUUCCCUGAAAAGAUGCGUGGAGCCCUUAGCGCUGACAUGCUUGCCACCGAUUUGGCCGAAUACCUUGUCCGCAAGGGCGUGCCAUUCCGUGAGACCCACCAUAUCUCGGGUGCUGCUGUCAAGAUGGCCGAAGACCGCGACUGCCAACUGCAUGAUUUGAGCGUCGAAGACCUCAAGACGCUCCACCCUUCAUUCACUGACGAUGUCGCCAAUGUCUGGAGCUACGAGACCAGCAUUGACAACCGAACUGCGCCCGGUGGUACUAGCAAGCCUGCUGUUCAAGACCAGAUCAAGAAGCUCCAGAGCUGGCUCGCCGAGUCCCGUCCCAAGCACUAGAACGCUACACGUAAAUAAUCAUAAUAAAAAAACUAGUCCAUGCUGUUGUACAUACUACAUACACAUCUUUGCUUGAGGGGAAUUAGAAGACAUUUUGACGGGG